AUGUCCGCCUACGAACCCUACGAAUCCCCGCGCACUCGCCACGAUGACCGCGAUCGUGACUGGGACCGCGACCGCGACCGCCGUCAUCGCCAUAGCGAACAACGGGAGGUCCGGGAAACUUACACCAAAGUCUACCCCACCUCUCGCGAAUUAGUACCCACGCACAGAGAGGACAUCGAUGCCCUCGCCGUUGAGCGAGCAUAUCCGGAUCCUUACAUGCGGGAUGCCCGCCGUACCCGCUCCGCCGAGCCGGGAUACUACGAGGACGACUACCGCGAGCGCGACCAUCAGCGAUCUCGUGGCAGCCACAAGGGCGGCUAUGCGGACUCGUAUUUUGAGGCCGAGGAAAAGCGCCGUCGACGAGUCCUGAGUCGCCAGGAGAAAAUCAUCGCCGCCGUCGCUGGUGCUGCCCUGGCUGUGGGUGGCAAGGAGUUUUAUGAUCGCCGCGCCGCUACGACCAAAGAAGACGACGACGAGGCCCGGAUCCAGAGGAACUACAUUCAUUCGGCUGCCCUCGGUGCCGCCGGUGCCGUCGCUGGGUACCAGGGCGCCGAGUUCUACAACAAACACUCGGUCCAAGAAUACUAUUAUUCCGACUCGGAUGAUGAUCCGCCCGCCAAAAAGGGCCACAAGAAAUUCCUCGAGAGCGCCCUGGGCGUCACUAGCCUCGGCGCUGCCAUGAAGGCCCUCACGGGCGGCGGCGGCGACGACAAGAACCGUGACGAUCGGAGCCGCCGUGGUCGCAGCAACUCGAGAGACAGCGCGAGGUCCACGCGCUCGCAGCCCGGCGGCUGGAAGGGUGAAAAGGCCAAGCGCGUCGUCACCGCCGCCAUCGGAGCCGGAGCCAUCGGCGGUGCCCAGGACGACGACAAGCACAACAAGAGAAACAUUGCCGAGUCCGUCAUUGGCGGCCUGUUGGGCAACCGCGUCCUACACGGGUCCAAGAGCAACAUUGAAGAGGACGAGAAAACCGGCCGCAGCCGUUCUCGAUCGCGAGUUCGAUCUCGAUCUGAGAACAGGGGGAGGCGAGGACAGCAGGGUCGAAGCCGAUCGCCCGACGAUCGUCGCCGCAGCCGCAGCCGCAGUGUCGUGGACUCGGCUCGCCGCGGCUUGGCCAAGCUAGGCCUGGGCAAUGACCCCGUGGACGACCGCGACCGCCGGGACGGAGGAGCGACUACGAUGACUCCCGGGGCUCGCGUCGCCGCCGCAAUCGGGAUGACCGAGGCUCUCGCCGGCGCGCGAUCUGACGCGGGCUCCAGCACGGACCUGGGCGACUCGUCGGACGACGAGCGACGGGCCAAGAAGUUACGAGGUAAGCAAAUCAUCACGUCCGGCCUCGCGGCCGUGGCCACCAUUCAUGCGGCGCAUGGGGUGUACGAGAACAUGGGAAAGCGGAUCAAGCAGAAGAAGGCGUUGCGGGAGGGUCGCAUCACCGAGGAGAAGGCGCAUGAGCUGCAGUCCAAGGCCCUGCUCAAGGACACGGCCAAGAUUGGGCUAGCCGCCCUCGGUGUCAAGGGCGCGCUGGCCGAGCUCAAGGCCGCCCAGAGCACGUCGCACGAGUGCAAGGCUUUUAGGCAAGAGAAGGAGAGGCGCCACCAGAGGCGGGUGGAGCGCCAGAGGCGCCUCUCCGGGGAGGCACCUCGCCUCCGCGCUCGCGUCACAGGGAGCGAGUCGGCGGCCCCGUUCCGCCACUACGAGCCUGCGCGGUACGGCCAGCCCGUGCCGGCCUAUCGCACGACGUCGGUGCCUGGAUACCGGCGGGCACCGAGCGUGCAGAGGGGCACGUGGUGA